UUUAUCUGUUUCUAUCGAUUGUGCCGUUCAAUCUUUCCAUUGUUUGCAUAGAUGAGACCUUUUCAUUGAAAUUUCGUUGCUGAUGCAGUUGGAAUGUUUGAAGUGCAAUACGGAAGGAGCUGAUUCUUGAGUUUUGCAUAAUUUAUUGGCUUCGAUCCUGAGAUCAAACUCUUAGGUUUUCUGAAAGAUGAUGGACGCUGCCAAAUUCGCCGGCAUAAUGGCCGCCGGGAACUCCAGGGGUAACUGCUACGACCUGGGCUGUUCGCCGAAGCUUGGUGACGGUACAAACGUGUCGGUGGAUAGCAUCCAGAGUGGUUCUGUGGCGAUGUUGCUGGAUAAUAGCAGUGUUGCAUCUAGUGAUUCUCGUAAUGGAGUCCUCCACCUUAACGGCCCACGUCAGGUAGUUGCCGGCGCGGCCGGCACCAUUGGAAGCUCCGUCGGCCGCAGCGUUUUCCGUUCUGGUGUCGUCACCCAUGGCCUUACCGGCGAUGCCCUAGCACAAGCUUUGAUUGAUCGGAGCUUCCCCACCGAAGGCCUCCGCGACUACGACGAGUGGACGCUUGAUCUUAGGAUGCUCGGCAUGGGGGAGCCCUUCGCCCAAGGUGCGUUUGGGAAGCUCUACAGGGGAACCUAUAGUGGUGAAGAUGUAGCAAUUAAGCUUGAGAAACCUGAGAAUGACCCCCAGCGAGCCCAGUUCACGGAACAGCAGUUUGCUCAGGAGGUGAUGAUGCUUGCUUCAUUAAGGCAUCCUAAUAUCGUUAGGUUCAUAGGAGCUUGCAGAAAGCCAACGGUUUGGUGCAUUGUUACUGAGUAUGCCAAAGGUGGAUCCGUUCGACAGUUUCUUAGUAAGAGGCAGAACCGUUCUGCUCCGCUGAAUAUUGCAGUGAGGCAGGCACUGGAUGUUGCGAGAGGAAUGGCAUAUAUUCAUGGAUUGGGGUUUAUCCAUCGGGACUUGAAAUCAGAUAAUCUUUUGAUUUGUGGAGAUAGAUCGAUAAAAAUAGCAGAUUUUGGAGUGGCAAGGAUUGAAGUGCAGCCAGAAGGGAUGACUCCAGAGACUGGAACUUAUCGUUGGAUGGCUCCAGAGAUGAUCCAACACAGACCAUAUACACAAAAGGUGGAUGUCUAUAGCUUUGGAAUUGUGCUUUGGGAGCUCAUUACUGGCAUGGUUCCAUUCCAGAACAUGACGGCCGUUCAGGCAGCUUUUGCCGUCGUAAACAAAGGCGCUCGUCCGAUCAUACCGGCUGACUGCCCCCCUUCUCUUAGAGCAAUAAUGACACAGUGCUGGGAUGCUAACCCUGAUGCACGCCCGACGUAUACUGAUGUAGUCAAGAUGCUUGAAAUUGUGCAGACUGAGAUGACCAUGUCGGUUCGACGGGCACGAUUUAGAUGGUGUGUUUCUCAUCCCAUGACCAUCGAUUGACCUCCAUUCAACAUAAAAAGAUUUGCAUACAUGACACUCAAUUCUUAUUUAUUUACAUAUCUUACA